GGACAGCGGCUUCUGCCAACGCGCAGCAAAACGGUGGAGCUUUUUCCUUUACCGAUAGACGGAGGAAGGAAUAAUCAUAAGAAAAUGAUUCGACAAAAACAAUAUAGAUAAACACAUCUGUUUCAAUUCGGCUAGCAUGCACUUCCAUGUCAGGAUCCUCCAGUUAUCAGAUUUCGAUGGAGGCACGUCUGCUGUCGGAAGCAAGUAUUUCAGCGCAACCAUGUAAAUUAACGUCUUAUUGUUAUUAAUUGAACUGGUGAAAUGAGUUAUUGGUAGUAAACGAACCCGUUAUUUGAUGGCAAAGUUUAACUGGCAUAGCGAAGUAAUCGCUUCGUUCGCCUAUUCUGGGGGGUUCUUCCCUGGCAUCUUCGUUCUUCCUGGUUUGUGUUGUGCAGGAAUCAUUGCAGAAAGAAUAAAAAAGCAGCAUGGAAAUUCAAUGGCAAAGUGAUGUGCGUUUUUCUACACAUUUUUGGUGUCUCGUCCGAUUCUGUUUAAAAUGCAAACACGUUGGAUAGUAGUGUCUCUCGGACUUGUGUGGAGGGGGAACAGUGUGGACGUAGCCUAUUCUCUAUCUAUCAGCCAGAAAAAAACACGGUAAGGAAACGGGGGAAGAGAAAAACGGUGAUCUGAUGGCUAGCAUGCCAUUGAGGGACAAACAAGAGAGAUGAUUGCCAUCUCGUUUUAAUUUCAACUGGCCUUUUUUUGUAUGGACUAAACAGCUGAAAGCAACACCCCAAAAUGACUCGGUGGAAUUACUCAUGCCAUAGCAUUAAUAUAAUUUUAUAUUAUACCUGAGACUCCAAAGCUCCUCUGAACCCCUCUCAAUCUUGCUCCGCUCUCGUCUUGAAAUAGAAUAUCACAUUUUCGCUCAAAACCAUGUUAAAGGUUCCCCUUAAAUACAUCUCCCGUUAAAUUCAAGCUUUGGCAUUGUCCCAUGAGUGACUGGGUCGAAAAUGAACGUGAGGGGAUUCCGUUUGAUCUUAUUGCUGUUUGGAUAUGCUAAUCGCUCACACUGAAAGCUAUCAUGAUGGUUUUGUAUUGGCAUCCGUUGACUCCCGAAAAUAAACAGUCUCUGCCCAUCCAUUAAAAAACUUCCGCAUUAGCUAUCAUACGCUACACUUGGUAACAGAAAAAAUGUAUCAAGGAAUGAUACAAUCUAUUUACAUUGUCAUAUUUGGAUUUCUAUUGACCAAGAUUUGUGCCUGGCAGCCAUACUUUUUAUAGACACCUCUGAUAUUUUGUUUUGAUACCAUAGCUAGAGAAGGCUACUUGAAACAAAUAGCCUCGCACUUGGCAAUAAUAAUAAUACUAACAAAGCCCCCUUUGGCUCCCAAAUCAUGCAAACUAAAUGCCUGAUUCAUCCAACUCCCUUUAUUGAUACCUUCUAUUUCACCCUACAGCUGUGUUUUGCCUAUGUGGGCUAGUUCAUGAUGUUUAAGUACCGGAUCCGUAUGUUUUUCAAUGAACUGAAAGUGCUGGUUUUCAUGCGGUCUGGCUCAAGACGGGAGACCGAUUCAGACACAGACACAGACAGGCGCACGAGCAGCAUGCGAGGGCUCGGGGUAGGAGGCUGCGGGUGGCCACGCUUCGACUGCUCUACUCGGGACGAUGAGGAGGAGUACUAUGGCACCGAUCCCCGGCCGCGCAGCCUGGCAUUCGAGGAGAAGGAUCAGAAGCUCCAAGCAGGCCUGGACGCGGUGUCGCUCACAAGCAGCUUGGACAGUGGCAUGCGCUCGCCGCAGUGCCGGAUCUGUUUCCAGGGCCCCGAACAGGGGGAGUUGCUGAGCCCGUGUCGCUGUGACGGCUCUGUGCGCUGUACUCACCAGCCCUGCCUCAUCCGCUGGAUCAGCGAGAGAGGCUCCUGGAGUUGUGAGCUCUGCUACUUCAAGUACCAGGUCCUGGCCAUCAGCACCAAGAACCCACUGCAGUGGCAAGCCAUCUCUCUGACGGUGAUAGAGAAGGUGCAGAUAGCAGCCAUCAUCCUGGGUUCUCUGUUCCUUAUCGCCAGCAUCUCCUGGCUGGUGUGGUCGUCCCUCAGCCCUUCGGCCAAGUGGCAGCGCCAGGACCUGCUCUUCCAGAUCUGCUAUGGCAUGUACGGCUUCAUGGACAUUGUGUGCAUAGGUCUUAUAAUUCAUGAGGGAUCGUCUGUAUACCGGAUCUUUAAGCGCUGGCAGGCGGUGAACCAGCAGUGGAAAGUACUGAACUAUGAGAAAGACAAGGACCUGGGCGAACCCGUCAGCUCCAGCAGCAAGGGUGGGGGGCGUGGGGGUCAAAACCCUCCCCACAGUUCAGCCGGGGCGGACAGGGGAGGACGGCCAGGCCAGCGUGUUAGGACUAUUCUCAACCACCACUGUGGCUACACCAUCCUGCACAUCCUCAGCCAGCUGAGGCCCAGCGAUGCACGCAUCAGCGCCACGACCAACCGUGAGGUGGUCAUGAGGGUCACCACCGUAUGAGACCGGACUCUGCGGGUGGGAGGGAUUUGGACAACAGCCACCAACCCCCCUGAUCCACCUCCUUAAAACCCCCAAAUGACUCUCACCGUUAGCCCCUGGC